UUGCACGGGGCAAGGCAGGUGUCUGUAUUCCGCACGGGGCAAUGACAUCAGCUUUGGGCUAGAAUCAUCAUAAUUUCAUUUGAGCCGGGACCAUAUUGCAAUGAUGCAGUGUACCGGGGCUGUAACACUUGUGGGCAGCUGAAAUCUGAUGGAGCUGUGUGUGUGGGUGGGCUUGUGUGUGAGUGGGGAGAUUAGCUGUCUGAAAUGACACAGGGAAGUUCACAGAUGCAAGCCGGAAGGAUGUCAGUCUGAUAACGGGGAAGUCAGUUAUUGCAUGACAAACCCCAUCUUCUUAAACAGCAGGCAUUUAGCAAAGCCUGUAGCUCAGAUCAGCUCUUCAGCUGGGUGACAGUGCUGUGUUCACAUUAUUCUGCCUGGAUCCUGCCACUUGCUUCCACUCUGUCUGGCAGUAUGCCCUGGUCUCCCCAUUAACCAUACCCCUGCAUCGGCUGUGCCUUCAGCUCUCCACCCUGCAGCCCUUAAUGUCACUCCUCAUCAGCCGCUGCCUUCCCAGGCCAAACUCAGCCCAGAAUAACAGAGCUCUGGUUGCCCAUCAAGUGCCACACACUGACAUGAACCCAGGGCUGCUGCUAGAGAACAUGUGGACUAGCCGGUCCUGGCUCCUGGGAGAGGAGGGAGUGUCUCUCCAGUGAGGGAUGGUGCUGUGCCACAGUGUAGUGCUGGAGAACCACCUGUGACAGUUUGCCAUGUCAGUCAUGGAACAUUGCAUGCGGGGACAUCAGUGCAUCUGAUGCCUAGUAACAAGGACAGAACAGCUGCUUUAGUACCUGGUCCUGGGGGGUUUCUGAAUCAGGAGAGGCUCCCGAACAGGCAGGCAAAGUGAGACCCGCACAAGGAGGGAGUACAAUUAGCAUUUCCAGUGCCACCACACAGAGUGUAGCAGCCUCCUUUGCCGUGGGUGUGUCUCCAGAUCCAGAGCUGACCUUCCUCAGCACACGGGAGUUUCCAGCUGCAGGGCUGGAGUGGGCCCAUUUGGGAGAAAAGAGGCAGCUUUCAGAAUUAACCACCCACCUCGCUUUCCCCACAGCAGUUCUUUGGAAAGGCAACAGGCCAGUACAGUUGCAAGGAGCUGUGCACGGAGAGUGACGGCUUUACAAAGUUUGAGUUAGGGGCCCCCUUCUCUUCCUUGCUCUGGGCUAAAGGAGGAAGGGGUUUGCCAGAGGCAGGAUGUAAUUACACAGAGUCAGGCCCACAGUGCGAUUGUGCAGCAGCUGGCUAUGAGCUGCUCUCAUUGACUCCAGGGGGAGUUGCUCACAGGCUGUGCUGCAUAAUCAUGUCCUUGGGGUGUUUGGCUCAUCAGAGCAAAACGCUGAAACUUCCCAGCCUGUUUGUGCAUUUCUAUUUUAAUGCAUGGGCAUCACACCAGCCCAGCCUCUUGCUGCUUGGAUGCCUGGGGCCAGAACCUCAGGCCUGGCCAUUUGGCAUCUGGAACCAUUCAGGGAAGGGGAACCACAAACAUGGAUUGAUCCGUUACAACAACGACCUGGUGCAGAAAUACCACCCCUGCUUCUGGAUUGACGGCCAGUACCUAUGCUGCUCUCAGACAGCCAAAAAUGCAAUGGGUUGCCAGGUCCUGGAGAGCAGGAAUGGAAGUUUAAAGACUGGGUCUCAUCGCAAGACAAAGAAGCCUCUUCCCCCGACCCCUGAGGAGGAUCAGAUGAUGAUGAAGCCGUUGCCUCCCGAGCCAUCUUCCAGCUCUGCGAGUGAGCUGAAGAGGGUGGUGGCACUGUACGACUACCAGCCGAUGAACGCCCAGGACUUGCAGCUGCAGAAGGGAGAGGAGUACUUCGUCCUGGAGGAGAGCAACCUGCCCUGGUGGAGAGCCCGGGACAAGAACGGGAGGCAAGGUUACAUUCCCAAUAACUACGUCACUGAAGCCAAGAAUUCCCUGGAGAUUUUUGAGUGGUAUUCCAAAAACAUAACCCGGAGCCAAGCCGAGCAACUGUUGAAGCAAGAGGGGAAAGAAGGAGGCUACAUUGUCCGAGAUUCCACCAGCAAGACAGGAAAAUACACAGUCUCUGUGUUUGCCAAGUCCUCCGGGGACCUGCAAGGAGUCAUCCGCCAUUACGUGGUGUGCUCCACGCCUCAGAAUCAGUAUUACCUGGCAGAAAAGCACCUCUUCAACACCAUCCCGGAGCUCAUCAUGUACCAUCAGCACAACUCUGCCGGGCUCAUCUCCAGACUGAAAUACCCUGUGUCUCAACAACGAAAGAAUGCCCCCUCCACAGCAGGACUGGGCUAUGGGUCGUGGGAGAUUGACCCAAAAGACCUGACUUUCCUGAAGGAGCUGGGUACUGGGCAGUUUGGUGUGGUGAAGCAUGGGAAAUGGAGAGGCCAGUUUGAUGUGGCCAUCAAGAUGAUCAGAGAGGGCUCCAUGUCAGAGGAUGAGUUCAUUGAGGAAGCCAAAGUCAUGAUGAACUUGUCACAUGAGAAGCUGGUGCAACUGUAUGGUGUCUGCACCAAGCAGCGCCCCAUCUUUAUUAUCACUGAGUACAUGGCCAAGGGCUGCCUCCUGAGCUACCUACGGGAAACCCGGGGGCGGUUCCAGCCUUCUGAGCUGCUGGAGAUGUGCAAGGACGUCUGUGAGGCCAUGGAGUACUUGGAAUCCAAGCAGUUCCUGCACCGAGACCUGGCUGCUCGCAACUGUUUGGUGAAUGACCAAGGAAUUGUGAAAGUAUCCGAUUUUGGCCUUUCCAGGUAUGUCCUAGAUGAUGAAUAUACAAGCUCCAUGGGGUCCAAAUUUCCAGUCCGGUGGUCUCCCCCAGAGGUCCUUCUGUACAGCAAGUUCAGCAGCAAGUCUGACGUCUGGGCUUUCGGGGUUCUGAUGUGGGAGGUUUACUCCCUGGGAAAGAUGCCCUAUGAGAGGUUUAACAACAGUGAGACAACAGAACACGUCACCCAAGGACUGCGUCUCUAUCGGCCUCAGCUGGCCUCAGAGAGAAUCUAUGCCAUCAUGUACAGCUGCUGGCAUGAGAAAGCAGAUGAGCGACCGACCUUCAGAGUCCUUUUGGGAAAUAUCCUCGAGAUAACAGAUGAUGAACCCUGAACUGCUACUUGAACCAAGCUGUCAUUUAUUAGUGUUUAUUUUUGCCAUUUAAUCUUUUCUGUGACUAACAAACCUGCCCUAACAGGCACUGGAAGAGUCCUAAAAGAGCCUGCCAUACCCAGAAAGGCAGAAGAUAUCUGGAUUCACCAAACAGCAUCGGACCCUAGCUUCUCCCACAAUCCAACAACUCACUUGUGUUGGAGCCCUCCUGGUACUAAAGAGAAUAGCAACCUACUUGCUAUAGUUACAGAUCAGGAACCUCCCUGGAGAAAGGAUCCUUGAAAGCAGCACUUCACUGCUGCACUGGGCUCUUGCUACAGCCCAGAGACUGAAGGCAUUAUAAAUGGCAAUAGCCAGGUACUAAUGGCCUGUGCAGGAACUACGAGCAGAGAUUGAUCAAAGAGACAUAGAAACUAGGGAUUUUUGUAAAAUAAAACAGUACAAAUUGAGAGGAAUUGGGUCACUGAGAUCCAAUAGCUCCUGUCUACUCCAGGCAAGAGCCUGUCUAGUGUGCAGCUCUGGUAUGGUUGGCUAGGCAGUGGCCCACAACAAGAGAGUGCUACUAGGUGUGCUUGCUACACUGGACAAUCAAGAAAAAGCAUUUCCAAAAUACUGGGAUGGCUUCCAAUCUCCAUGGUCCGUCAGUGGUGGUCACAAUUGUGACCAAAGUGGUCCCUGUCGCAGGCAAUAAGGCAGACAGCUGUUGGAGGACUGGUAGGAUUGACAGAGGUUGCACAGUAUCUGCACC